UGGACAUUGUACACUGUGAGAAUAUAAAACACAUAGGCCUUAGCGGAAGGUCGUAUGACGUUAUCGAGAUGAUUCUUGUUAUGUUUCUCUUUGCGUUCGUGCAUCAGGCCUCAGGAAGCUCAUUGACUUUUGAGUUAGAAGACAGGUCUUCUCAAUGUUUUUAUGAGGAGUUUUCUAUGGGCGAUAGCUUUAUUCUAGAGUUCAACGUAAUAUCCGGUGGGAAUUACGAUGUGGACAUGAGACUUGAGGAUCCCCACAGAAAGAUCAUUAAGUUACUUCACCGUUCAUCUUCUGAUAAAGUCAAUAUUGAUGUUGCAGUAGAAGGUAUUUACAAGGUUUGCUUUAGUAAUUAUUUCUCAUCUAUAUCUCACAAAAUUGUGUCGAUGACAUGGCGCAAUUCCAGUUCUAAUCCUUCAGAAAGUACAUCAUUUUCAGGUGUUAGUACCCAGAUUUCAGGGAGUUUAUAUAAUUUACACUCAUCAGUUUCCAAGGCUACAACUCAACAGUUUGAAAGUCGUAUACUUUUAACACGAUCUUAUUCAAAUGCAAUUUUUCUUUAUAAUCGUGUACUAUAUUGGUCAAUAGGUCAAGCAUUAAUUAUUAUUUUAUUUGGAAUUGGUCAAGUUUUAGUUAUGCGAUCAUUCUUCUCAUCUCCAUCAAAUCAACGAUCUACAAAACCCAUUCCAAUGUCUACUACACCACUACAUACAGUUAGUUUUUAAUAAAUUUUUUUUUCUUAACUGAUAUUUAUUAUCAUUGAAAUACAGAAAAUGUUUUCCGUACUGAAAGUUAUCUUUUGAAACAUAUUCACAUGUGAUAUGUAUGAUAAUGUGAUUUUCUAUUUAUUUCUUUUUACAUAUUUUCUGGUUUCCUUAUGUUUUUUUUUUGAAAAAAAAACCUGUUUAUUUUGUAGUGUUUGUAAAACAGAUUUUCUACGAAAAAAAUCUUUUGUUGAUAACUCCAUGUUUUGGUUUUGUUGUUUGUCUUUUCUAAAUAAAAGUUCCAUCUUAAAUCAUGUAUCUAAUAUACCUAUGUAUAAUUAGAUGUGAAUCUUUUGAUUAGAUCAUCAUUUUAAAUAAUUUGUUACUAUUUUAAUAGGCUUUGUAAAAUUAUGUUAUUAUUCUUGUAUAAGCUAUUGUGGAUAUUUGUAUUUGAGAGAUUUGCUCUGUUUUAUCUAAAUAAAUAGAAAU